GUUAGACGACAGCAGCAAAAUUUCGUUUAGAAAUUCAAAAGCAAUAAAAACCGUUUAAAAAGCAAAGGCAAACACGCCCAGCUGCAGCUUCAGCCCGUUGCCAGUGAUUGAUUUGCAGCAUGUCCAGCUCGCAGUGCCAGUGCAUGGCCAAGGAGUCGCUGCCGACAGUGUGCAUGAGCAUGGCGUCGCGGCAAAUGUCACAGCCGCACUGUCCAUGCGCCAAGUGCAAGGAUAAGCGCUCCCAGGUGUCGAUGAAGACGCCAACGAUGCCUGCGAAUGCAGCGGGGCUGCCCGCUUGCCUGCUCUGUGGGCAGUGCCUGAACAGCAAGGGCAGAGGCUUGGGUCUCUGCAUGGGGCUGAACACCAUACCCUGCCCCAGUCAGGGGCAGUUUCGUAAUCCCGCGCUGGGCGUGCGCCCCAGCUAUCAACCCAGCAGCUGCUUGGGUAUGUGCAGCAUUCCCAGCAGCAGCAUCCAAACGCAGUCGGCGCUGCAGGGCGAAAGUUGGGCGCUGGGCUUUAUGGAUGCGCAGGACUAUGGCAAGUCGGAUGAGCAGCAGCAGCGGCUGUUCUUUCGCGAAACCAUUGUGGAUCAGUCCAGAGAGCGCGAGAGCCUUCCAAGCUAUGGCUCGCUGCCCUAUCGCAGCAACUGCGCCGGCAGCAGCUACGGCGACUUUAUGCAGCGCUUUGCCAACGGACGCGACACGCUCGGCACGCCCGUUAUGCUGCAGGGCCAGCAGGGUCUGCUGCAAGCCGGCGCCGUCGGCGGUAAUUGCAGCGCCGACAUCGAGUGCGAUGAGCAAUGUGGCGUCAACACCGGUUGCAACAUGGCCUGCAGUCGCGGCAAGCGCCAGCUGGUUGGCCAAGGCGCUGACAAGCCGCCGCCCAAUAAUCUGCGCGCCUCCGGGCUCAAGAUUUGCAGCAAUGAGCGCAUCAAUAUGCUGCUCACGUUUGUCAUGGAGGUGCUGGGCAUACUAGUUUUCUUUGCCAUUUGCACUUUGACCUUUUGGCUUACACUCGGCUAUUAUAUAUUGCAAUUGCUGUUGGAUCUGAAGAAUGCGGACCGCAAUGUGCAAAUGGCUUUGGUUGUGGCGUUUAGUGUGCUGCUGCUGGCGUUCGCCAUCACCGUCGUCACGCAGGACACUUGCACCAAAACGUGCCCCAAGCAUCGCACCAAAUGUGCUGGCCUCACAGCCAGCAGCGCACCCAAGCCGGCGCCGCCAGCGCCCAGUUUGAGCAGCAGCUGCAAAACCAAAUGCAGCAAAUCGGCGGCCAAACGCAUUACGCCCAACAGCCUCAAACAGCCGCUGCAAACGGCCAAGUGCAAGGGCAAGCCCAAGCCCAAGCCCAAGCCGAUGGCACAAGCGUUGCCCCAAAUCAAGUGCAAGGCACGCGUGCCGCCAGCAGCGCCGCCCAAGCGCAAAUACACCGAUUGCCAAGGUCGCGCCAUAUUCCAAACCUCGCGUCGCACUGCAAUCCUCACCGAGAUGAAGCAGCCACCAACGUGGAUUGUCUGGCUGCGCGAGUAUAUGCAACAGGCCAUGAGCAGCGCCUAAACACAUCCAAUAUUUAAAUUUGCUGUGUGCCCACUCGAAAUAUUGCGCAUUAAAAAUUCUACUUGGAGCUGAACUUUAAAUUGCGCAUACGCCACA